CGUGUCAUGGAGGCUCAGUCUCUGAGCAGCCAUUGAAGGGGAAGGAACUGCGGGUGUGCGUGUGUGCGUGUGUGUGUGUGUGCGUGCGUGUGUGUGCGCGCGCGAGUGUGUGGACAAGGAGGUGGGGGCAGCCGAGUUAGAGUCCCAACUCCUUGGACUCCAUUUGCUAUUCUCUUCUUUCUCUCCCACGCCUAUGUGGUGGUAGUGGGCGUUUAUAUUUGCGUUUCUUUUCAUUCAUUUCCAAAUCUUUUAAAAUUUUAGGGUUGGGGGUAGUGGGAAAGGCAGGAAAGAGGAAGGGAGGAGAGCAGCAGCAGAAGAGCAGGAGGAGGACAUGGAGAUGAAGAAGAGGAUUAACCUGGAGUUAAGGAACAGAGCCCCGGAGGAGGUGACAGAGUUAGUUCUUGAUAAUUGCCUGUGUGUCAAUGGGGAAAUUGAAGGCCUGAAUGAUACUUUUAAAGAACUAGAGUUUCUGAGUAUGGCUAAUGUGGAACUAAGUUCACUGGCCCGGCUUCCCAGCUUAAAUAAACUUCGAAAGUUGGAACUUAGUGACAAUAUAAUUUCUGGAGGUUUGGAAGUCCUGGCAGAGAAAUGUCCAAAUCUUACCUACCUCAAUCUGAGUGGAAACAAAAUUAAAGAUCUCAGUACAGUAGAAGCUCUGCAAAAUCUUAAAAAUUUGAAAAGUCUUGACUUGUUUAACUGUGAGAUCACAAACCUGGAAGAUUAUAGAGAAAGUAUUUUUGAACUGCUGCAGCAAAUCACAUACUUAGAUGGAUUUGAUCAGGAGGAUAAUGAAGCACCAGACUCUGAAGAAGAGGACGAUGAAGAUGGAGAUGAUGAAGAUGAAGAGGAAGAAGAAGCUGGUCCACCUGAAGGAUAUGAGGAAGAGGAGGAAGAAGAGGAGGAUGAGGAGGAGGAUGAAGAUGAAGCAGGUUCAGAAUUGGGGGAGGGAGAAGAGGAAGUGGGCCUCUCAUACUUAAUGAAAGAAGAAAUUCAGGAUGAAGAAGAUGAUGAUGACUAUGUUGAAGAAGGGGAAGAAGAAGAAGAAGAAGAAGAAGAAGGUCUUCGAGGGGAGAAGAGGAAACGAGAUGCUGAAGAUGAUGGAGAGGAAGAAGAUGACUAGAUCAUUCUAAGACCUGCUUCCCUAAUGUUCCUGGGUGUGCAAUAGAGUGAUCAUGUCUUUAUUUCUUCAUGUAUGAUAGCUAUCCCUACAGAAGACAAUGUGUAACUUUUUAUAGGAAAAGUGUGGUUUUACUAUUUUUGCCUUAUCAUUCCAAAUAAGAUUUACUAGUCUGUUAAUGAUCAUAUUGUAUGUAGAGAAAAAUUUUCAUUUGACCCUCAUUGUGAAAUUACCUCGCAAUUUUAGAAUUUUAAUUUUUCUAAUUCAAGCUCACCGUAUUAGUCAUUUUUAGCCCAUAAUUAAAACAUGACUGCUUUUACACAGGUGUAGUAUGUUGCAUUUCAUUUGUAAGAUUUUAAAGUUAUUUAUAAAUUAACUGAAAUUGCAGUCAGCUGUAAUAUGAAAUGACAGUCUCUUGAAUGAUAAGUUGGCUAUUUUUUUUAGAGGUGAUCCAGAGAUCUUUAGUUUGAGGGCAGUGACCUUUUUUUUUGGCUAAGGGUAUAGGGUGCUUUUUUGUCUCAUGAGUAACUUGGAAAGUAGAAGCAGAAUAGUAAAGGUUCUGUUCAGUGAUAUAAUUAAUGGAUUUUGUGGAGGUUCUAUUCAGUAAUUAUAGUUAAUCGAUUUUGUUGUGACUGAUAAGAUUUUAUUUUUGAAGGAAAAAUUGGUUAUACUAAGUCCAGAUACAUGCAGCUGAGCCCUUUCUUCAGGCUGCAUCAUGACAUACCAAUGUUUGUUUAUGUUGUUUUGUUUUUAUGUGUGCAUUCUUUUUUCUGUCAGCAAUUCCUUUAUGAUCACUUUCCCUUCUUGUUUUACUCCCCUCCUUCUAUCUCAAAAGAAAGUUGGGAAAUUUGAUAUACAGGAAAACCUUAAGUCUUAUACCUCAAUCAAUUUUUCAGACCUGUUUGGGUUUUAAACAAGUGAAGAAAUAAAUUGAGUAUUUUCUGAUUUACGAAUAUUAUUAUUGAUACAGUUUUAUGCAACAAACUCUGCCUACUGUUCUUGGUUGACAGCAUGUAAGACUGUCUUAGUAGGAUGAAGAAAAAAACGAAGCAGGGGAGGCUUUUGGAAGCAGCAUUAGUGUUCCUCAAAGGUCAGAACAAUUGCCUAUUAAUAAUUAAUGAGAUUUUAAGUUGGCUUCCCAAAUGAUUUGGAUACCACUCUACAAAGAAUUUAUAAUUUUUCUGAGUGGAACCUUUAAUUAUUCUUCAUAUAGUUUUAAAGCAUUACCAGAUAUAGCAUUUAAUUGGAGUAUACUAGGCAGUUGGAAAAAUAUGUGAAACUAAAUCAAUAUUAAAAUCAAGAUUUGUUUUCAAGCAGGUAUCCAUUAAAAAUAGAAAAAUAUUCAGGAUAAGUGUAAGUGUGUGUUUCCUUAAUAUGGCUACUAUAUAAAACAUGAGUAGACAAGAAGUACAGCUCCCUUUUGUUAUGGAGGCUCCAUGUUCAAGGCAGUUGCUUUUUUAAUCUUGGCUCUCUAACAUUUUUUUCCCUUUGUUUUGAAUAUUUGUAAAUUUAUUAAAAAGUGUCAGCAAAUUAAUUGAAGUAAUGCUUCUAUACUGGGACACAUUUAAAUUGCUGAGUAUAGUACUGCUGCAGCUGCUUUUUUAGUUUAAAAUGUAUAAUUUGUUGUUUUAAAGUAAAAAAAUUAUGAAGUUACUUGUGGAAAAAGUAAAAAAGUUGCACAACUGACUUACCUAAAACACUUGGAAUAAGUUUAGAGGGGGUAUUGGAAUUGCCAGAAGACUAACGUUUUUCUCCUAAUUUUAACAAUUGUGAAAUGCUCUGUUUUAGUCCCUAAGAAUUCUCAUUGCAUAUAUGUCAUAUUAUAAAAUACUUAUUUUUAAAAUGAAAUCUGUAUAAUGACUUUCUUAUCAAUCAUCUUAUUGUGCAAUCAAAAUAAGAGUUCUUUGCUUGGAAAACAACACUUAGAGCCUCCAGAUAACUUUUAAGACCUAUUUAGCUUUGUGAAUGAUAUUUUCAUGCAAAUAAGUAAGGGUGGGUUUUAUAUUUUGUAGAAGUUUUUGGUCCUAUUUUAAUGCUCUUUAUAUGGCAGUAUGUAUAUAGUGUGUUAAGUUCCUCAAGAAUCUCUUUAAAAACUUUGAAGUUAACACUUUUGUGCAACUGUGUUUUGAAUAAAGCCAUUACAGUGUUACAAACAAACAAAAAAAUGCAGUACUGCUGAUCAUUCUUUUAUUGUUUCUGAUUGUUACUUUUUUUUCCUGUGAC